AUGAUUUAUCGCGACAGCUGCAGCAGACUCGAGCUUUAUGACGACUUGUACAAGAACAUCCUGAUCGGUAGCGACGAGUCUACCGACUGGGAUCCUCAUCGGCCACCGCCCAGUCCACCUCGACAGUUCCUAGCGCCUUGGUGCAUAGAGAAGUACUUCGGUCUGGCUCCACCAUUUUUCGACCCCGACCUCCACGUCUACGACCACUACGCACGUUCCCGCGAGAUGGGCUCCAAGCGCGACCACGAAGGCCGCAUGGUCGAGGACGUGAAGUCCCAAGCCGACUCUCGAGCUGACUCUGUGCAUGGAGAGAACAUGUCGAAGAGCAGCGAGGGUGCGGCAUCUCAGACCUCUACGCCAGCACCACCCUCAAGCGACAGCAGCUCUCAAGCUCAGGCGAAGAGUACUCCAAGUGGCUCCACCACCUCUUCAGCACCACCAGGCCCACAGAUCCCAAAUUACAAGCAGGUCGCCAAUGCCACCCGCACCGUCGCCGCCGCCGCCGCCGGACCCUCGCAGUCAGUCAGCAGUGCUGGCACCACCUUCAGCCAGCCUGCAUCCGCCGUGCCACCCCAGAACACUAGCCCAAUGCCAUUCCACCAGCUCCUCUUCCACGCUCUCCAUCACUCCAACAUCAUCAUCGCCACCCUCUCCACCUACUUCUCCCAAGACGCCCUCCUCCGCGAUUUCAUCAACGACAAGCGCAACGCUCUAGGCCUCACUGACCAGCACUACAGCACCGCCUACGCGCUGACCGUAGCCAGAAACCAGCUGAAGGAGUGUCGCGGUAGUCUGAUGAACUCAGACAAGAUCGCCGAGUUUCAGAAGAGGGGCUGCUUCCUCACGUUCUGUCUGGCUAUGGAUCGAUUGGGAGUGAUGGUGGACAUCGUCGAGGAUGCCUGCGUGCGGCGCACUAUGGUCACCACGCCGAACAUCGCGGUCUUGAAGAGUGCAUGGGAGGAGUGUAUGGGCCUUCGCAAUGGCACGCGCGAGCAUGAGGCUUGGCAGCUGUGCUGGGACAUGACCAACGGUCGUUGA